ACCGCGGCCUCACUUUUGCUCUCCGUACGGAAGGAUUGCCAUACUGAAGGAAGGAAGGGUGUACGACGACUCCGCAGCUGCUGCGUUAUCUUUGUGCACGUACUUCUUCCUUAACGCCAUCCACGCACCUUUCCGAACGCUGAGGACGGUUUCCAUCUCUUUGUGUGGCUUCCAAGUAUGCCGGCUGAAGGUGAUCACGAAGGCCUGUCGUGCAUCCAAGACUGGGGCUGCAGUGGAUCCCAAGUGCCACCUGCACAGGGCCAUGGGACAUUCACUGUCCAAGCAGUGGACCAGCAGGCGCAGUGGUCCCACGACGCCUACGGGACGAGGGCCCAUUUCUCACAGAGUUCCGCAUCACAAACAUUUGCUGCCCCAGUUGGUGGGACAGGCCCACAGGUGGGACUGUCUCCGGUCCCGCAUGAAGCAGUGGGCCACUGUUCCCCCGUCGCUGGCACUUCUGUGCACCAUCGUUCAUACGGACCAUCUGGUGACCCCUUCUCCUCAUCAUUGCAGCCUGUUGGCGGUUUCACGUUCGGUGUGGGUGGAGAAGACGAAUACGCACUCCGAUCGCAGCUGAGAAGGCGUGCAAUGGCCAUGGCUGGAGCCUCUGAAUCGGAUCUCCAGCACAGCCCUGCAUGUUUUUCCCGUGAUCUGUUUAGCGGGCAGCACAGGAACAGUGACAGUCUCCCUCCGGAUGGGCAGCCAGUGACACCCAUCAGUCCACAAGCCCCGACACCACAAACCAGAUGUCAUAGCAGCGGUGGGGGCGACGGAGGACAGCGUCAGCAAGGUGGAGAAGAUUACAUAAUCAAUAGAUUAAUUCGCAAUGUUGAAGCCGGUGAUUUGUCCUCACAGGAUUGCGGUGCGGGAGAUGGUCAGAGGGUUGGGCAACCGUCACUCUCCCCAUUUGUUGGUGCCUCUCCCAGUGAAGGUGACAAUCUGGGGGCAAGUGGUGGCAGUCCCAACGUUCCUACCGGUGUAAAUGCCCCACAGCCCAUACCCUCGCCCCCCGUAAGUUCCAGCGGGACGUCAACACCAGCUCGACAUGAAACCUCCGCAGGACGGCCAUCUCCAGCGGACAAGAACUCCGAUCGUUGGGGGGAGGAGGAGACUGCAGUGCUUUGCAGGAUUCGAAAUGAGGUGAAACAGCUGAUGGGUGAGGAGACGGAGGCGUAUGGGAGGGCUCGUAUCAAGUCUGGUUGUUGGAAGAUGGUCGCACAGCGCAUGAAGGAGAAUGGAGUGAAUCGCUCACCUGACCAAUGCAAAAACAAGUUCAAUCAAGUUCAAUACUUUUACAGGAGACUCAAGGGUCAUGAGAGGUUGUCUGGUCUGCCCAGUUACUGGGACAUGAAUGCUAGUACGCGGAAGGUGUACAAUAUUGAUUUCAUCAUCCGCUGCAGUUGGUAUGACGCCAUCAAUUCCGCAGAGAAGGACACCGACUCCAUUACUUUGUCUGAUCUUAGGGAUCCGGGCACUGAGCAUAUGAGCGGAGGGAGGAGGAGGAAGGAGCAGGCGAGGAAGACUGGCAAGCAGAACUUCCUACAGACGAAGACGGGCCGGGUGCUGCAGGUGGGCCAUCGGUGAACGAGGGAACACGAUCGACUGCUUUUGAUCCCACGCUCGGCAAGCACAAACGGGCCGUGACGAACGCCCGCGAAU